AUGGCCACAUCUGGCAGGAUCAGUUUUACAGUGAGGAGCAUCUUGGAUUUACCAGAACAGGAUGCGCAUAGCAUGAAGCAAGCUUCUGACCACCACCACCGCCAGCAUUCGGCGGAAAAAUACAGCGGCUCUCCAUAUCGUGGCUGGAUAGAGACGGACAGAAAUCACUAUCCCUGUGAGUAUACUACGGACAGAAACUCGCCAUCUCCUUGCAGCUAUCGUGUGUUUGUUCCCCGUUCUUCUGGGGAAGAUGCGAAGAAGCGAACUGCCAGCGCAUGUAGCCUGCAGCGCCGGGGGGAUCCAGGCUGGGAAUUAUAUAGGAUAUUAUUGAACUACAAGGACCAAGCAGCAGGAGGAUCCCAGCCACGAGCUUCUUCCGACGAGAGCGGCCCGGAGCUGAGCCUGCCCGACUCCACGCAGAGGUCGCUCCCAGCCCGCGGCUCGGAGACCGAGAAGAAGAAGAAGAGACGAGUGCUGUUCUCCAAAGCUCAAACACUGGAGCUAGAGCGCCGGUUCCGGCAGCAGCGGUACCUCUCGGCGCCGGAGCGGGAGCAGCUGGCCCGCCUGCUCAGCCUCACUCCCACGCAGGUGAAAAUCUGGUUCCAAAACCACCGCUACAAGAUGAAAAGGGCACGGAGUGAGGGCCCCGGCAGUCCUCCUCCUCCGCGCCCGCCUGCCCUGCUGCGCCGGGUGGUGAUGCCGGUGCCGGUGCUACUGAGGGACGGGGAGCCCUGCCGGAGCUUCCCCGCCAGUUCCUCGCCAGCCGCCUCCCGCCCCAAGCUGGGCUGCGCGCUGGCGGGCUGCAGCGCCCAGGCCGCCCUCGCCGUGCAGGGCUACCCGGCCUGCCCGCCUACCCUCGGCGUCUGCCCCGCGUACCAGCACUUAGCGCAUCCCGCCGUCGUCUCCUGGAGCUGGUGA